GUAUUCGAUGGUGAUUCAACGCUUCCAAUAAUGGAUAAUCAAGGUACACAAACGAAUUUCGAUGAUUUUCCACCAUCCGACGAAACGCCAACAACUGGCUGUAACAAUAGUGAUCUCUGUGCCGAAAUUCAGAAAUUGAAUAAAUUCCGAAAGAAAAUUGAAGAAUGUACGAAUAUGAAUUCACCGUCAUUGGACAUCGGUGUAUUGAGUCCACUAUCAAAGCUUGACGAAACACGAUUACAAUACUAUCGCGAUCGUUUGGAAUUGCUUGAAAAUAAGGUGGCAAUUUACGAAAGUAGCGGUGAUGUGCAAUUACGUCGAUUGGCCGCUCGUUUACAGAACGAAAUUCAAUUGGAUGCUCAAGUAAAAUUGCUGAAACAACGUGUCGAAAAGCUCGAAACAGUCAAUCGUCAAUUGGACGAAGAACGUUGUGAAUUGGAAGAGGUUGAAAACGAUACACGUUUGCAAUUGCAGCGGCUCGAAGUCGAUUUGGAAAUGUUAACGCAACGUAAUUCCGAAUUGGAAAUGUCAUGCGAAACGGCACAAGCGAACGCGGAAUGUUUGCAAGAAUCAUUAAAUCAAUUAAAUGACCAAAUGUUAAUGCUUGACGCCGAUCGCAAUGAUGUUCAUCACAAAUUACAAUUGAUAAGUUCAUUUAUGCCGGCAAUUUUAUUGUAUCAUGCAUGGAAAAUGCAACAAUGUCAACCGCGUGCAUUAACCGAUCAAGAAACAAUGAUGGUACACGGUGAAGCAUCCGAAUACGAAACGACCGGACGAUUGUCAACGGGUUGUUUGUGCAAUAAAGAGCACAUUUGUCCGGAUGGUGAUAAAUUCAUUGAAUUGGUGCGUCGCGAACAACAUCUUACUGAUACAAUAGCCGAAAUAAAUCGGGCAUACAAUGAAACACUUGAACGUGCCGACAAUUUAUGGGCACAAAUGGAACGUGAAUAUAAAGAUAAAUUAAAUCGAAGCCAAGACGAUAAUACAUUGUUACGAUCGAAAAUCAAUCAAUUGGAAAAACGAUUGAACAGCGAUGCACACUAUGCCCAAGAGCGAAUUGCACAACUUGAAGAUGAAGAAAAUAUGCUAAAGAGACGGCUCACCAAAUUGAACCGCAUUAGUCGCGAUGAGGCUGACAAAUAUAAAUCAUUGCAAAGUGAUUUUCAUAGUUUGACCACCGAAUAUGAAAAAUUGAAAACGUACGUGGAUACGCUUGAAAAAGAGCGAAAAAAAUCACGCACCAAAAUCGAAACGUAUGAAGAAGAAAUGAGAAUGACAUCGAAUAUGUACAACGAUUUGGAGCAGUUACAUCGCACCCAAAUGAAUUUAAUGAAAGCCAAAUUGGACAAGUGCAAAAAGGAUCUGAUGACGAGCGAAUUGAAUAAUUCGGAAUUGAAGGAGGAAGUUGUUCAACUUGAACAUAAAAUCAUUGAAUUAAAUCGAUGCCGGCGCGAAGAUGAAGAUCGUAUUAAAAUAUUGGCCGCCGAAGCACAUGAACAACAAUCCGUCAAUCAUCCAGUUAAACCCAUUCGAGUCAAACAUAACAGUCGGAAUUUAGCACAAGAACUUGGAUCAUUUGGUCGCAAUGGCGGUCUUAAUGCCAUCAAUAAUCUCAACUAUACAUCAGUUUAUACACUUAACUCAGUCGCAUCGAAAGUCAGUGAAACCAUCAAAAAUUUUGAAGUCAAUCGUGAACCAAUCCGUAAUCAAUUCGAAUGAGACACGAAUGCUGUUUGCAACUGAAUUCCGUUGCUGCUGCUGCUAAUCUUUGCCGAUCAUUUUACGCUUCGGGGCCAUUUUUCAUCUGCAUUUGUUUGUUUAGUUUUUUGCUUGGCUCAUCGCAGACCAACAAAAAAGCCAUAUUCAAUCGGAUUGUUCAAUCAAUAUUGAAAGAAAAAGAAAAAAAGAAAAAAAUUACACAAGACAAAAAAAAAAUUGAGAAACGAAUAAAAAUCACAAGAACAACAAAAAAAAUUCAUGUUUAAAAAGCUUAAGGAAACGAAUGUGUAGCUAAGUAUUUAUAAUAAGGCACAGAUUUAGCAUCAUAGAUUUAACGUUUGUUUGAUUUAUACAAUACCCAAUAUUUAUCACAGCGUACGAAUGAAGAAAAUGCACGUACGCAAUAUACAUAUAUAAUAUAUAUUGUACAACUCACAAAACCCAUUUUGCAUACAAAUAAAUCAACUUAACUAUUCGAUACUGUUUGACAAUAAAAUCAAUUUGAUUUCCCAAAUGAAA